CUAAAUUAUAAUAAUAUCUUAAUUUCGGGACUAAUUUGUAAUAAUGGAUAUAAUUCGAUUUAAGUUGUCUUUGUUCUGAGGAUUUCGUUUUUUGUUUUGGUUCGAAAUCGAAUUUGGGAGAUCCGUCAAUGGCGUCGAUGCUUGCUCGCAGGUCUCUGGAUACUCUCCGUGCUCGACAUCUCGUUUUGUCAGGGCAAGCUUUGCAGGGAUCUCAUCUUUCUCGGCUGCAGUCCCGUGCUAUUUCUUAUGGCUCCAAGAAAGAUGAUGAAGAAGAGGAGCAACUUGCUAAGGAAAUCUCCAAGGACUGGAAUACUGUCUUUGAACGGAGCAUAAACACCCUGUUUCUCACUGAAAUGGUCCGUGGUUUGUCGUUGACCCUCAAGUACUUCUUUGAUCCCAAAGUUACUAUCAAUUAUCCAUUCGAGAAGGGUCCACUGAGCCCUCGUUUCCGUGGUGAGCAUGCUCUUCGACGUUAUCCUACUGGGGAGGAACGCUGCAUUGCCUGCAAACUCUGCGAAGCUGUCUGUCCAGCUCAGGCAAUUACAAUAGAAGCAGAAGAGCGAGAAGAUGGAAGCCGCAGAACCACAAGGUACGACAUCGACAUGACAAAAUGCAUUUACUGUGGCUUCUGCCAAGAAGCUUGCCCCGUUGAUGCAAUCGUCGAAGGACCCAACUUCGAAUUCGCAACCGAGACACACGAGGAGCUUCUGUAUGACAAAGAAAAGCUGCUUGAGAAUGGAGAUCGAUGGGAGACUGAGAUCGCUGAGAAUCUCAAAUCAGAGAGUCUCUACCGUUGAUGAGAGCAGUCCUUUUUUUUACUUCAUUGUUUUUUUUUUUUGUUAAAGAAAUAAAAGACGAGUGCUUAUGCGUUUGUUGUAUAACCAGCUUUGUGGCUGUGUAAUUGAAUUGUUUGUAAAACCACUUUGAUUCCGGUUUAACCGGUUACGCCAAUUAUCGCAUUUCAGACAUGAAAUUAAUAUAUAUAUUUUUUUUGGGUUA